AUGCUGAAUAAAGGCCCACUGAUCCUGCGGGUCAGCCUCUUACUAGUAGGCAUUCUGGGGGUAACCGUGGUCGCCCAAGAUGAGGAACGAAACCGUGGCGCUUUUAGCGUUCCAACAACGGCCAAUCCAACCUCGGAGCCAACAACUGAGCCAACUGCCCAUCCCUCGGCGGAACCAUCCGCAGAUCCCUCGACGACUCCCUCGGAUGCUCCCACGCAGACUCCCACCGAUGCCCCAUCAUUAUUUCCUUCGGAAGUACCCACUGGAGAACUCUGUUACUAUCCCGAAAAUGGCAGCAACGGUGAGGUCUGCCAAAACUUGUACUCCUAUAGUGAUGAGGAAGAUGCUUUGGGUAGCGUUUGCCUGCAUGUUCAUCCCACUACAGGAGCCAUGCACGUGACUGUCGAUGCUGCAGAUGAUUAUGUCUUGUUGAAGACCAAUAUUUGGAUGGGAGAGAACAUUGAAGACGCUCCCCGCCUAGCCGACAGCAAUGCUCUUGAUUUGGAUGCCUUUCCUCUUCUCGCGGAUUCUGAUGGUGCUGAUGAUUUUGUCUGUAAAGCUGGAAAGGCCAAGUUGCAAGUCAUUGCCUUUGUCGAAGUACAAAACACCAAGACUGGACAGAAAAUGGAUACCUACGCCUAUCAAAAGAACCUGCACAAUACGCAAGUCUUUGUCGAUUCAGAGAGUGGCAUUGAACGAAACCGUGGCUUCUUUGCUACACCCACAACCGCCAAUCCUACAUCGGAACCAACCAGUGAGCCAUCCAGCAAACCAUCUUCUGGGCCAUCUAACGGACCAACUGGAUCUCCCACGAAGAGUCCUACAGUUUCUCCUACUGGAUACCCAACAGGAACACCUACUGGAAGCCCAACAGCCCCUCCAGAUUGGAUGGGAUGGUUCGAUGUGACCAUAAAUUGUGCAUGUGAAGACACCCCGGCUCCCACGGAACCCCCUUCUGAAGCACCCACAGGAGAACAGUGUUUCUAUCCCGAAAACGGCAACAAUGGUGAGGUCUGUCAGAACUUGUACAGCUAUGAUGCAGAAGAAGAUGCCUUGGGCAGCGUUUGCCUGCAUGUUCAUCCCACUACGGGAGCCAUGCACGUGACUGUUGAUUCUGCAGAUGAUUACGUUUUGUUGAAGACCAAUAUUUGGAUGGGAGAGAACAUUGAAGAUGCUCCCCGCCUAGCCGACAGCAAUGCUCUUGAUUUAGAUGCCUUUCCUCUUCUAGCUGAUACGGAUGUUGAUGGUAGUACCAUUCAACGAAACCCUGAUGAUUUUGUCUGUAAGGCUGGAAAGGCCAAGUUGCAAGUGAUUGCCUUUGUGGAAGUACAAAACACCAAGACUGGCAAGAAAAUGGAUACCUAUGCGUAUCAAAAGAAUCUGCACAAUACUCAAGUCUUUGUCGAUUCAGAGAAUGGCAUCCAACGAAACCGCGGCUUCUUUGCUGCACCAACAACAGCCAAUCCUACAUCGGAACCAACAAGUGAGCCAUCCAGCAAACCAUCUUCUGGGCCAUCUAACGGACCAACUGGAUCUCCCACGAAGAGCCCUACGGUUUCUCCUACUGGAUACCCAACAGGAACACCUACUGGAAGCCCAACAGCCCCUCCAGACUGGAUGGGAUGGUUUGAUGUGACCAUAAAUUGUGCAUGUGAAGACUCCCCAGCUCCCUCAGUGUCACCAUCAAUGGCCCCAACCGGAGAACUCUGCUUUCAUCCUGAUCAAAGCAACAAUGGCCAGGUUUGUCAAAACUUGUAUUCAUACGAUGAUGAUGAAGACGCCCUGGGCAGUGUCUGUUUGCAUGUACAUCCCACAUCGGGAGCCCUACACAUGACAGUUGAUGCAUUGGAGGGUUGGACCCUGGUGGAGACCAAGCUUUGGUUGGGAGAGGACAUAGACAAUGCUCCCCGUCUUGGCGAUAGCAAUGCUUUGGACUUGGAUUCCUUUCCCUACAUACGUACAGACGAUCUUCUGGCCGAUUCGGGUGGUGAUGGCAGUACCAUUCAACGAAACCGUGGCUUCUUUACUCAGCCGACAACAGCUAAUCCGACAUCGGAACCAACAAGUGAGCCAUCCAGCAAGCCGUCUGGGUCGCCUUCUGGCAGUCCAUCGAAAUCCCCUACUGGCAGUCCGACUGGAUCACCCACAGGAUCCCCAACCAGAUCCCCAACGGGAGCACCCACCACAUCUCCUACUGUCUCGCCCACAGGAAGCCCUACUGGUAUCUCACGUAUUUCCAUUCCUGCUGAUGAAACAGAGAUCAUGUGUAAAGCUCGGAAGGCUCAAUUGCAAGUGAUUGCCUUUGUCAAGGUACGGAACACCCAGACUGGCCAGAAAGUGGAUUCGUAUGCCUAUCAGAAGCAUCAACAUCAUACACAAAUUUUUGAUGAUUCUGAGAGUGGCAUUCAACGAAACCGUGGCUUCUUUAGGCCGCCAACAACGGCUAAUCCUACAUCGGCACCAACAACUGAACCUUCCAGCAAACCAACUGGCAGUCCCACUGGAACACCCACUAGAGGCCCCACUGGUGCCCCCACCUUAUCUCCCACAAGCACACCUACUGCAAGUCCAACUGGCAGCCCCAAGUGGAUGGGGUGGUUCGAUGUGACGAUUGAGUGUGAAUGUGAAGAAACUGUGGCACCCACCAGUCCACCUACCAGUGCUCCCACGAGUGCGCCUACAAGUGCUCCUACAAGUGCACCUACUUCCGAUGUUUGUCCCAACACCCCAAAGGCUUACGUCAAGAAUCCUAGACUUGAGAAUGACAAGGAUACCAGUCACGAGGAAUGCCAUGCAAUUGUUCCAAAUACUAGCUAUCAACAGUCGAUUGGAUCGGUCUGCGUCCACGUUAUUGGUCAAGUCCUCCAUGUCGUCUUUGAAACGAAUCGGCAUUGGGCGCUCAUGAGGAAUCAACUCUACGUGGGACAGGGCAAGGAAGCUACUCUGGACACCAUGCCCAAGAGACGGGUCACGGGAUUGCCUGACACACGCAAAUUCAAGCAUUUUGCUUGUGAUUGGGAAGGCGAACGACAAGCCUUCUUUGAAGUCGAUUUGGAGUAUCACUGCAUUGGCAACGAAGACUACCAGGUGUCCAUUGUGGCGCAUUCCACGGUGGAGAAAUUGAAUGCACAGGGAGAAUUGGUUCCUGGGACCGAACUGGAUGUGUUUGCCUAUGAACAUACAGGUCUCUCCACCAAGAACUGGUAUGGGUACUUUGACUUCAUGAUUGGGUGCGACUGUCCCGACAUUGCAACCCAUGCGACGCCCACGACUCGUAAUGCGACCAAACCGCCCGUGACGCCUACUACAACAGGAGAUUCAGCAACAAGUCAAAAAGUUGACCCUGCCGGUUCCCGACGUCGCUUAAUGGAGGCAGAAGGAACUGAGCGAUUUGUCGAGGAGUUGAAUGGAAGCAAUGGCAAAGGACGCGCCGAGUGCCAAGCCGCUUUUGCCUACCACAGCAAUCGUGUUUCCAUCAGCUUUUUCGACUUGGGUCUGCCAACCGAACUACUCAUGCAGCAGCAGGACAAUGACAAGAAUAGCAAUAGCAGCACGAAGUACCUGUGGGGUUGGACGAACGGUCCGUUGUCGUCGUCGGACUUUGCGUAUGAGAUGGAUCUGGUGUCUCACAGCUCGAGUAAAGAGCAGGCACCUCUCGAGGACCACGCUGACCACGAGCACCAGGUCGGACACACCCUUGGUACCCUGAACUUGGAAUACAGCGGCAAAGAAGCAAUCUUGUCGAUUGAAGCAUCACCACACCUCUGGCUUCGAAAGACGUACGCCCAUGUUGGUGCUGGUCGCCUCCCUGAACAUUUCACGGAAAUUGAAGGCGAGGGCGAGGAUUCAUCCGUGUACAUCUUGGACAUUGACCCCACCACAUUCCCGCUGUUCCAGUCGAGCGAGAUGCGUCAGAAAGAAACCAGCCAUACUUACUCUGUGAACAGUGGCGACUUUAUGGACUAUCCUGUGUACGUUAUUGCAUAUGCAAUAGUUUGUGGCGACUUUGAUGCCCACGAGAAAGCAAUGAACCUAAAUCAUGAGCCCGCAGUCGUCCAAGGAAUCCGAGGGGAUGGCGCACGAGCUUCCAGCUAG